UUAAUACUUUCAUCUCCAGGUUUCGUUUAGUUAAUGGCUGCAGCAGCGCGGCUCCAGAUGGCAAGUAAAAGAAUUGUCUUGUUGCGCUCCAGCGUUGUGAGCAUGUCCAAAAUUUAUGCAGUGGUUAGCUUGAUUUUUCUAUGUGUCUGUUUAAAGUCUAGAGGGCCACAUAAGAACUUAAGGCGGCCCAGGUUUGGCCCCCGGGCCUCGAGUUUGACACAUGGCUUUAGAAGAGAAGGGCUGCAGAGGCGUGUGAAGUGGAGCCGGUCCUCCAAGGUCAUCACCGGGCGCUGGAAUGACAGUUAUUUCCUCCCUCAGAAAUGCCUGGAAUCCAGAUCCAGAGUUUCCAGCAAACCGCGGAGCUCAAACUGGGCCUCCUGCUGGUUCCGGUCGCUCCCAGCCUGCUUCUGGUUCUGCAGAACUCUGCAGCUUAAACCAAACUCAGUUCUGCAACACAGAGCAGGGAGCUGAGCUCGACCCACGUUGGAAAAAGAAAAUGCGUUUGCCAACAGAUCCGGACCAAAACCCGGUUCUGUGAUUAAAGUACGGUUCUGCUGCAAACGGAGCCGAGAAAUGCAGAAGGAAGUCCAACCAGCGGCGUUAAAAAUAACUCCUAACUGAAGAUGAGAGAACGUCUUGAAAACCCGCCUUUCAACAACAGGUUGAAAACGUGUGAUUUCACUUUGAACAACUUUUAUUUAAGGAGUUACUGACUUAAACCCAAAAAUCUCACUGGAACGUUGUUGGCAUCAGGCCUCCCAUCAUGAACGGGCCGAUGCACCCGCGCCCCCUGGUGGCGCUGCUGGACGGCAGAGACUGUACCGUGGAGAUGCCCAUCCUGAAGGACGUCGCAACCGUGGCGUUCUGCGACGCUCAGUCCACACAGGAAAUCCACGAGAAGGUGCUAAACGAAGCCGUGGGGGCGUUGAUGUACCACACCAUCACCCUGAUGAGGGAAGACCUGGAGAAGUUCAAGGCGCUGCGCAUCAUCGUUCGCAUCGGCAGCGGCUACGACAACAUAGACAUCAAAUCCGCCGGGGAGCUCGGUAUAGCCGUGUGCAACAUGCCGGCAGCGUCGGUGGAGGAGACGGCAGACUCCACGCUGUGCCACAUCCUCACCCUGUACCGACGCACCACCUGGCUGCACCAGGCUCUCCGGGAAGGGACGCGGGUUCAGAGCGUGGAGCAGAUCCGAGAGGUGGCGUCAGGCGCGGCCAGGAUCAGAGGAGAGACGCUGGGACUCAUUGGGCUCGGCCGGGUCGGCCAGGCCGUCGCCCUGCGAGCCAAGGCCUUUGGCUUCAACGUGAUUUUCUACGACCCAUAUUUGGCCGACGGCGUAGAAAGAUCCCUGGGGCUCCAACGGGUCACCACCCUGCAGGACCUUCUCUUCCACUCUGACUGUGUCUCUCUGCACUGCAGCCUCAACGAGCACAACCACCACCUGAUCAACGACUUCACCAUCAAACAGAUGCGGCAGGGGGCGUUCCUGGUGAACACAGCCAGGGGGGGCCUGGUGGAUGAGAAGGCUCUGGCUCAGGCUCUGAAGGAGGGCAGGAUACGCGGGGCGGCUCUGGAUGUCCAUGAAGCAGAACCUUUCAGCUUCAGUCAGGGUCCACUGAAGGACGCGCCCAACCUGAUCUGCACGCCGCACGCCGCCUGGUACAGCGAACAGGCAUCACUGGAGAUGAGAGAAGAGGCGGCGAGGGAAAUCCGGAGGGCUGUGACAGGUCGAAUCCCAGACAGUCUGAAGAAUUGCGUGAAUAAGGAGUUCCUCUCACCCAACAACCACUGGGCCGUCGACCCGGCUGCGGUCCACCCUGAGCUCAACGGCGCCUACAGGUACCCCCCCGGGGUGGUGAGCUUGCCGGCCGGCGGCCUCCCUCCGCCCGUCGAAGGCAUCGUCCCGAGCGCCGUGCCCAUCACGCACACCCUCCCGCCCGCUGCCGCACACCCGCCCCACGCGCCGUCUCCCGGACAGAACACAGUGAAGCCACCAGAGGGCGACAGAGAGCAGCACCCCAACGACCAGCUGUAGCCUCUCUGCACACAGUUCAGGUGCCACCUGCCUCCCAACAGGCAGGUCUCCCUCCCAGCUGGAGCAGGACUGAUGCUUUACUCAACAACCCAGAAAGUUCCUCUAAACCAACAUCUGAUCGUUGGUGCCUCAACAGAAAAAAUGGAAACAAUUUUAAAUUGAUUUGGGGG